AUGAAGGCGGUUGCCACCUCGCUGGAUGGCAGGUUCCUAAAGUUUGAUAUUGAACUCGGGAGGGGAUCCUUCAAAACCGUCUAUAAGGGCCUGGACACCGAGACGUGGGUGGAAGUCGCGUGGUGUGAACUUCAGGACAGAAAACUCACAAAAGUAGAGAGGCAGAGGUUUAAAGAGGAAGCAGAAAUGUUGAAAGGUCUCCAGCAUCCAAACAUUGUGAGAUUUUAUGAUUUCUGGGAAUCCUGUGUAAAAGGCAAAAGAUGCAUCGUGCUGGUUACUGAAUUGAUGACCUCUGGAACACUGAAGACGUAUCUGAAAAGAUUUAAAGUGAUGAAACCAAAAGUCCUGCGUAGUUGGUGCCGGCAAAUCCUGAAGGGUCUUCUUUUCUUGCACACAAGAACUCCACCAAUCAUUCACAGAGACUUGAAAUGUGACAAUAUUUUUAUCACUGGACCAACUGGAUCUGUGAAAAUAGGAGACUUGGGUCUGGCAACCCUCAAGAGAGCUUCAUUUGCCAAAAGCGUAAUAGGUACACCAGAAUUUAUGGCCCCAGAAAUGUAUGAGGAACACUACGAUGAAUCUGUGGAUGUUUAUGCUUUUGGAAUGUGCAUGUUGGAAAUGGCUACCUCAGAAUACCCCUACUCAGAGUGCCAGAAUGCUGCUCAGAUUUACCGGAAAGUAACCUGUGGUAUAAAGCCAGCAAGCUUUGAGAAAGUUACAGAUCCUGAAAUUAAGGAGAUAAUUGGGGAGUGCAUUUGCAAAAAUAAAGAAGAAAGAUACGAAAUUAAAGAUUUGUUAAGCCAUGCUUUUUUUGCUGAAGAUACUGGGGUAAGAGUGGAACUUGCAGAAGAAGACCAUGGUAGGAAAUCCUCUAUUGCCUUAAGACUCUGGGUAGAAGAUCCUAAGAAACUGAAAGGAAAACCCAAAGAUAAUGGAGCCAUUGAGUUUACUUUUGAUCUGGAGAAGGAAACUCCUGAUGAUGUUGCACAAGAAAUGAUUGACUCUGGAUUUUUUCAUGAAAAUGAUCUCAAGAUAGUUGCGAAGUCAAUACGUGACAGAGUAGCAUUAAUACUAUGGAGAAGAGAGAGAAUUUGGCCUAGGAUGCAGUCAGAGGAACGUCGGGACUCUGAAUGUCUGGAGAAGUUGAAGACACCGCAUGCGCAGCAGGUCCAAGUCACUUACCUUUCCCACACUGGUCACCAUGUCCUGUCGGAGUCGGAGGAGCCCGAGGCAGACCAGCACCCCUAUCAGCAGAACCUGCCCACCAGCGUCACGUCUGUUGCCUCUGACAGCACAUUUGACAGCGGCCAGGGGUCCACUGUUUAUUCAGACUCCCAAAGCAGCCAGCAAAGUGUCAUCUACUCGUCUCUGCCCGACCCGGUCCCCCCGGCUGCGCAGCGGGUGUACAGCCCCCCUCUGAGCGAGAGCCAGGCUGUGCCCCACAGCCUCCCCCAGCUGGGGCACUACCAGCAGCCAUCAGGACCUGGCCUCCCCGCGGCUCCAGCGGCGCCCGCCGUGGUGGCCCCAAGGCCCCAGCACUACCAGGAGCCGGCGCUGCCGUUCCCUGUGGUCCAGCCCAGCACUGUGGCCUCCCUGCCCCUGGGGCAGCCAGGGCUGGCCGCCCAGCAGCAACCCAUAUCACAGCAAGCUUCUCUGCAGCAGGUGCUGGCCAGCCAGCCAGUUUGCCCAAUGCAGCCUGCGACCCAUCUGUUACCCCAGUAUCAGCCCCAGACCUCUCAGGUGGCAGCUACCAGUACACCACUAAAACCCCUUCAGAUUUCAACUGUACCACAGCUUCCACCAGUGGCCCCUUCCCAGCUUCCUCAGUUUCCCCCUGCUAUUCCUCCUCUGGCAGGACUUGACAGCCUUCCUCCAAACCUCUCUGAUAUACCUGCUGCAAACGUGCCCCCCAUACCUGCUCCUUCUCAGUACUUUGCUCCGGCUGUGAUUUUGCCCAGCCUCCCCAUGCCCCCCACCCUGCCUCUGGCACCAAACUCCCCCGCCCUCCCCAUGCAGGCAGUCAACCUUCCUCACACCACCGUGGCUUCUUUGGUCUUGCCCUGCCAAACUAUAGUGCCAAACAUGUCGGCGGCUACGAUCCCCUUGCUGGCGGUGGCCCCGCCGGGAGUGCCGGCCCUGCCGCCGCACCACGGGGUGCCCCAGCUCUCCCAGCAGCAGAGGCACCAGAGCACCUUCCAGCAGAUCAUUCAGGGCGAAGCACCUUCUCCCCACCACACGCAGAGCACACAAGCAGUGUCCCAGCCACAGCAGCCUCCACCUCCUCAGGCACUUCAGCCCGGCCUCAUCCAUCCUCCCGAGCAGGCGGUGUCAGCACCGGGGGCUGGGCACCAGCAGAUUACUGGACACCCUCAGUAUGCUUUGGAAGCUGGAGCCCAGGUGCCCGUGCUGCCUGUGCAACCUUCAAUAGUCAUGUCACCGCCUUUGCAGCUGCAGCCCGAGCUGCUGCCUCCCCGCGUCGCUCCAGAAGGUGUUUCACAGAUUCCUGGCAGCCUUGCAGCAGCUAGCCCGCCUGUCCCCAUAGAUCACUCUCUGCCUCUCCAGCCUUCUGCUCUGCUGCAGCUUCAGCCCGAUCUUUCCCAGCCGCUGGGUCAGCAGCUCCCAGCUUCCUGCUCCGCUGUCCAGGCAGUGGCAGAGACAUCUCAAGAGGAGCAGGCAAUACAGGACAAACUCCAGACUCUGUCACAGAGCUGUGAAAGCUACAUGAGUCCAGAUGUAACUUCAGGUAAAGAGAUGAGUGACAGCUUUGAAGGAGCCAUGGGAAGUGGAAAACAAGAAGGAAAGUCUUCAAAGAAACAUAAGAAAUCUACACGUGCUCGUUCACGCCAGGAGAAGUCCAGCAGACCCAAACUGACCAUAUUAAAUGUUUGUAACACGGGGGAUAAGAUGGUGGAGUGCCAGCUUGAGACACACAAUCACAAAAUGGUGACUUUCAAGUUUGACUUGGAUGGUGAUGCACCAGAGGAAAUAGCUACUUACAUGGUGGAGAAUGAAUUCAUAUUGCAGAGUGAAAAAGAGACAUUUAUUGAACAAAUGAAAGAUAUUAUUGAUAAAGCAGAAGAUAUGCUCAGUGAAGAUACAGAAGGAGAACGAAGUUCUGAUCAGGGAAUGAGUCCCCAACAAGAUGCUGAUAGGCUGGAAAUGAGUGAGGAGAAGAGGCAGUCUCAGAUGAAGACACCUGUCUAUCAACAAAAUGUUUUACAUACUGGAAAAAGGUGGUUUAUUAUAUGUCCUGUCGUGGAAAAUCCUGCUACUGAUGCACCAGAAUUCUCUCCCCCGGUGCCUCAGAGUGCACAGCUGUCCGAAGGGCCAGUGGACUUCGUUGACAACACGAUAAAAAGCCUCGAUGAGAAGCUGCGCAAUUUGCUUUACCAGGAGUACGUUCCCACUUCUUCGGCGUCCGCGGGGACCCCCGACACCUCUGCCCCGUUAGAGCAGGGCGACCCCGAGUUCCACUUGCCACCGCUGCCCGAAGAUCGAGUCCCCGUGGCGGCCCAGGAGCUGAGAGAACCAGGCCACAACGCUGCAGACACCAGCCAGGGGAUGAAGGAUGCUGCCGAGGACUUGUCGGUGCCGCUCGUGCCACCCGAGGCCUCACCCUGCUCAGCCCUGUUUGAACAGUCAGAGGUGACCAGCAUUGGUGUUGAGUCCUUAGAAGCAAGAGGUGGGUCAGCAAGCACAAAAGGUUCAGCUGCAAGCAUCACUUCAGCUCCUUCUGCUACAACAAAAGGCCUCCUUCAGGUUGCACCUGCAUCAUCAAGCAUAGCUAAACAGAUGGAAAUUUCUGAAAGGAGCGAGAAGGAAAAGACUCUGACUUUGUCUGCACAUGAUAACGUAAUGCAGAUAUCUGCAGCAGAUGGGGUGAUAAAUUACCUUCAAAGGGAUGACUCUCUAGACUCUGGUUCCUAUGGAAAACAGGCUGAAACUCUCGAUAGUGGCACACCAGCCAAAACUAUUGGCAGGUUUUCAGUGAUCAGCACGCAGGAUGAGUUAACUUUACCAGCGCCGCACUGCUUAAGGUUCUCGGCACCCCCAGAUGUCUACUUGGAUGAGCUGCCCUCCAGCCCUGACCUGAAGACAGCUGUCCGGCGGGUGCAGACAGCCUCUUCUGUGGAUGUCCUGUGCGACCAGGGCUCGAGUGAUUCUGCUGAGGAGCCUUUCCACUGUCAGUCAGCUGCUGCUGCACAACUGUCUCCCCCAAGCAGUAGUGCAGCCAGUGACUUAAUUAAAAAAGCAGCUGCUUUUCUGCAAAGAUCCAGCAAAGCUAGCUUGCCAGGCCUCGAGUCACCUAAUGGGCAGGGGACAAAAAUUCCGACCAUCAACAUCACAUCCUUCCACUCACAGUCGUCGUACAUGAGCAGUGACAACGACUCGGAAUUUGAAGAUGCAGACAUGAAGAAAGAAUUGCAGAACCUGAGAGAAAAGCAUAUGAAAGAAAUUGCUGAACUACAGACUCAGCAGAAGAAUGAGAUAGAGGCACUGUAUAUUCGCUUAGGGAAACCCCUGCCUCCCAACCUGGGCUUCCUUCACUCAGCCCCACCCAGUGGCCGUCGCCGAAGAACCAGCAAAAACAAGUUGAAAGGUGGAAAACUAUUGAACCCUCUGGUCCAGCAGCUCAGGAGUGGAACAUCAAGCACAAGUAAUCUUGCAGACUCUAAAGACUCACCCCACAAAGAAACAGCUAAAGCUCAGUCUGGCUCUCCCAGAGCAGCAGCAGUCAGUGCCCCAGUCACAGCCACCUUUGGGAAGGCAGUUCAGACGCAGCAGCCCUGCUCUGUCAAGGCCUCUUUGUCUUCUGACAUCUGCGCCGGCUUAGGCCCUGAAGGAGGUGACGCCAAUGCAAGCUCUGGCCAAGGCUGGACGGUUUUCCACCAAACGUCUGAGAGAGUGACCUAUAAAUCUAGUAGCAAACCUCGUACCAGAUUCCUCAGUGGACCUGUGUCUUUGUCCAUCUGGUCCACCUUGAAACGACUAUGUCUAGGCAAAGAUCACAGUAGUAGAUCCUCCACAAACAGUCUUGCAACGUGUCCUGAGCCCCUCCCGCAAUCCACCUUGCAGGUUCAGGCCAACAACAGUAACAACAAGAAAGGGACCUUCACAGACGAUCUUCACAAGCUGGUUGACCAGUGGACAAGCAAAACUGUUGGAGCAGCACAGACAAAACCUUCUUUAAACCAACUGAAGCAGAACCAAAAAAGGCAAGACAUGGAGCCAAAGGCUAAUCCCAUGCAAACACAGAACGAGACAUGUGGAGUUAAUUCGGUGAGAAGGGGACUGGGGACAAAGGUUGUUGUCCCAACACCACGCCCCGUGCCCGCCGCACGAGCUGCUGGAGCCUCGCCAUCCCUGCCGGUGCCCAGGCCUGCCCUGGUUUGCGCUCUGGGUGGCCUGGACACCUCUCACCUCUCUGAAAGUUGCUUUUUGCCCCUUGUGCUGUGCACUGAGCCUGCACCUCUGGGCCCGGGGGCGCCGGAGGAGCCGCCGACGAUUCUGAAAAUGAGACCAUCAGCAACUGACACGUGGCCCCCUCAGCUGCCGUGCCAAGCGCGAGGCCCUCCCACAGCCAAGGAGGAGGAGGAGGAAGAUGGGAAGUGA